AUGGUGAGAAAGCGAGUGGAAACACGCUUGACAGAAGCUGGCCUCGCUUGCUUGGUCCAAUUUCUUGAUGAUUGGGGUGUCGAAGAAGUUGAGGACCUGCUACUCAUCACAAAGGAGGAUUUGGAAGAGAAGGGCGUGAAAGUGGUUCCACAGCGAAAAUUCCUGAGGCUCCAGGAAUCCUUGUCGUCUUCGCACGAUCCGCGGGCAGCAGCUUCAGCAGAGCGUCCUCUUCCCAGCUCUCCGAUCAGUCCCAUCGUGCCGGAAGCUUCUGACUGGUGCUUCCCCGAUCUUGACCAGAACUCGUGGGAGCUUCCAAGCUUUUCAACGGACAGCUCGGAGAACGAGUUGAAGCAGCUGGCAGAAAAGCCUGGCCGCUUCACUGUUGGGUGUUUCAAGGUUAAAGAUGGAGUUCCUAGAUUGAUCGAGGAACGGGAGCAAUUCUAUCGCCCAGUUCAGUGGAAGCUACGGCCAGAGGAUGGUUGGAAAUUCAUCACCAUGGAGUUUCCAUCCGAGAGCCCUCAGCUAGAACAACUGGUAGAACGAUUUCGAGAGAAUGGCUUCCCCUAUCGUGGCAGAUGUUACUUCUUUGUGUCCUCCAGCAAGGCAGAUGCAUACCCACACGGCCCCAGUGCCUGGCUAGCCAGUCCUCCCAGUGGUGGUCGAGAGCAGAUUGACAAGCAGCUCGGCUUUAAUACAAUUUUCAAGCUCGAGAAAGCUGGUGAUGACAUACCAAAUCCAGGCUUCCGUUGCAGAGCUCGUGUCAAGCAACUGUUUUCUUCGAUGAUCGCUUCAAUUCCGGUCUGCAAGCUGGAGAUAGAAGUCAUCGAGGACUUCAAAGAUGUGCAUGGAGUCAUUCGAGACGAUGGAGGGGGCGAAGCGGAUCCAGACAUCCUGGAAGCCUUGGCGGUGGCCUCCAAGACAUGCCAGCAAGAAGUUGGGUUGUGUCGGUCAGUGACCGAUUCAGGACAAAUUAGGUGCGCUGGCUUGAAAGGCAUGUUGCUUGGCUCAAAGCGGCUGCAGGGGACACGAAAACUCGUUGUGCCACGGAGCAUGUUGAAGUUUGGAGGGGCAGAAUUCUCCCAGGAACACCUUUCCGUGCUGAAUUUCAGCAAGAUCCGGCCUACUUCUCUUGGCCAGAAUGUGAUCCUUCGGUUGGAAGCCUGUGGGUGUGACCCAAAGGUCCUCGUGGAGGAGCAGAAGAGGUUCUUGAGAAAGGUGACUAGGAUGGGGCAGGGAGACUUCCGUGAAGGUGCAUUCCACCAGCUGUACUUUGACAAAUAUGAAACUGAGGUGGAGGCAGAGACGCAAGGCCAUCAUGUUCGAGGUUGGAGCAGCAAGACUUACAUAGGGACGUUUCUGGAAAUGCUCCUCUCCGGCUUUGACCCAUGUCAACACCCUCUAUUGGAAGUACUUCUGCGACAAAAGAAGAGAGCCUUGGAGAGGGCCAUGAAACAGGUGCAGCUUGGAGGGUGUUGGUCUGCUCGUGGCCACCCAGAGCCACAAGGAGAAGGCAAUGACCUGGAGCUGACAGACAAUGAGAUUUUCUUGAUGGUCCCCAGCGAAGCGGAGGAGAUCGGGUGGACUGCGUUGACCGGGCAUGUCAUUGUCAACUACCUAUCUGAUCGAGACCCUCACGCUUUGAGGCUGGCUCUUGCCAAGGACUCGCCGGCUUUGCGUGCCAAAUGUGCUCCUGGAGUGCUCUACUUUUCCAAGCAAGGUCGGCCGCUUCAAGUCAACUUGUCUUGGGACUUUGAUGGCGAUUACUUUCAGGUGAUCACGCAGCAGCGCUUGGUGAAUUCCUUCCGUGGUGAGGACUCGGCUAAUUGCUUCCUGCCUGAGUUUGAGGCUGAAAUGAAAGACGUUGAGGCGAAGAGCCUUUCAGAUGUCCACGCGCACUUUUUAUCAGAAUACCACCUCAAAGAUAGGAUUGGGCUUCACCACUACCAGUGGGAGAUGCUUGCAGGGGAGGGGCCGAAGGCAGCCUGCUCUGACCAAGCCAGACGCACAGCGGUUGCCUAUUCAAAAUCUUUGGAUGUCGAGAAGGGGAAGCCUUGCCCAAAACUGGGAAAAUUGGCACGGCAACCCAAGUGGGAUUUCAUGAAGAAGCCAGGAGGUCCACAAAGACCCUCCCCAACAGCUGCGGGGGAGUGCUAUCGUCAGGCACUUCAAGCCAACCAGGAGUUUGAUGAAGCAAAAGCACCUAGAAACACGAGCCCAGACCAGGAUCUGAGCAAGGCCUGGAAGGAGCUUUUGGAUCAACAUGGGCCACAGAAGUGCCAGAAGAUGAAGAUGCUGGCAAAAGAAGUGCGAGGAGACUUCCUUAAGAGGGUGGCCAUCGAGAUCAACAAAGCAGAGUGUGCGGCGGGAAUGGGCAAUUCUUACACCGCCUGCUAUGAUGAGCUGAGAGGGGAGUGGUUCCUAGAGAUGCGGAAGAAUGUCUUGAGGCAGGCAGAAAAACAGGACAUCACCCCAGAGCAGUUGGCACUAGCCUCGUGGCACCUGAAAUAUGUGGAUGAAGGAGUUUGCACCGAGUGCCGCGAUCCAAAUCCGAGCUUUCCAUGGCUUCUUUUCAAAGCAGAGCUGUCCCAGUGCAAGGAGCAUUGGCAGCCAUGCUUGAGAAGUGAGCUUUACCAAUUCCACGGUGCCAUGCGGAAGCUCCAGAGAAACAUUGGGGAGGCAUCCGCCAGUGAAAGGAAGAAACAGAAGACAGAUGAAGCCAUUGAAUGCCUGAAAGCCAAACUGAAAUGCCCCCUGUGCUCAGCUACCAAAAAUGAGCUCCUUGACAAGUUGCACAUCCCUGGGCCCUUGUUGGAAGCAGCUGCAGCAGUGAAGGGCAUCUCCGGGCGAGGUGAUGUGGAGUAUGUUGACUGCGAACGGCUGCGGUUCGCCAAAGCGCAAUUCGGAGAUACACUUGAACAUGGCAAACAGUCGGGCACCAAGUUGGAGGAGCUGGUCGACCAACUCGUUCGCGGCGAGGUGGCGGUUCGAGAGCUGGUCCUGACUGCUGUCCAAUUUCAUGGAGAGCUUUAUGUUGUGGAAGGGAACCGUCGACUAUGGUGCAUCAAAGAAGCACAAAGACGUCUUCAAGGGAAACUUGUGGUUCCAGUGCGAGUGCCCAACCUCUACCUGGGAUUCAUUCACAGGCAGGAGCAUAAGGAACCCGCUCUACCUUAUUUCUUGCAGAGGUAUGACCCAAGGUUUGAGGGAAAACGAGCGGAAGUCUUCAUCGAGUCAGAUGGACCCCCAAAAUUCCAGCCAUCAGACAGGACUACAGGCACGUCCACCAGUGAGCUGUCACAGGGGCCCCAGGCACUCACAAGUCCUCGUUGCCCGAAGUGCGCCGCUUGCAUGAGUGUGCGAACCAACGGCAGGGAUGGCUCCAAGUUCUGGGGGUGCUCAAAGUAUCCCGGGUGCAAGGGCACCAUAAACAUGCCUUCAGAUGCAAGCCAGGCAGCGCCCACAAGCCGCAGCCCUGAUUGCCCGAAGUGCGCCGCUUGCAUGAGUGUGCGAACCAACGGCAGGGAUGGCUCCAAGUUCUGGGGGUGCUCAAAGUAUCCCGGGUGCAAGGGCACCAUAAACAUGCCUUCAAUUGAUUCCUUGAGUUGA